AUGGUUACGGUAAUCGUUUCUACGCUGACUGUGGGAGCUUCUGCUUCUGUUUCGGGGUCAAACGCAACGGGAGUCGAGAGUACCAUAACCAAGACUCUACCGCUGUCAACAGCAGGAUCAUCAACUCUUACUGGUACCGUCAUCUCGCAAACAUCCUCUUCAUUGGAGACAAAGACGCAAGCGACGAGCAAUGAGACUCAGAUUGUCACGACUAUUAUCCAGACUGUGCCUGCACCGCCAACGACUGCCACACGCUGGAUAAACACCACCAUGACGACUGAGCACGAGUCCAGCCAAACCGGUAGCGUAGUUAUCACAACGCUCUACCUGAACAGCACUACGGCAACGCCUCCUUGUACUCACUCAUGGGCGUAUCCUUACCCCAACAUCAGCGACAGCAUAACCACCUGCCAUCGAUUCCCAAGCGGCAAUACGACAAUGAGUCGCUGCUGGGCAGUGCCAUUAACAACCGGGGUCCCAGAGUCGUCACUCCACCACACUCUGCUAUAUACGUCUACCUGCAACACAACCAGCACGGCAAACGCCACUAUAGUUGGGAAUGGAACAUUCACCAGUACUACUCGAAGCUACUCGUAUCCGUAUCCAUUCCCGACGACAUUUGAGACUUCGACUACAACAAAGGGCCAUGAAUCUGGUUCGCGCGGCUUCGCCUAUCCCGUGCCAACGGAGUCGGUGCAAGUAGAGACGCUGCCUCCCAACCCGAGUUACCCCUGGGGUGCCUCGUCGCCUUUGCAUCGGCACCAGAACGUGACGAGUUUCACUGACGGGCUGCUUGUUCGGGGCGGUGAGCUUGUGGACUGGAGCAAGAUGGCAGCGAAUCGCCUGCGGGCUCUUUUCAAGAAGCAUGAUGAGAGUGAAGGUGAGGAAUGA